GGAGACACUGGUUGCUCACACACACUCACGCUCUCCACACAGCCUCACUUAUGUGUGGCUCCUCUCAAGGCUUCACAGCCUCGACCUCUGAGUGCAGCACAGUCAUGUUAACCUCAGAAGGGUCGCCACAGAGCACAGGGGGGGUCAUGGCGGCGGCGGGUGCAGACAUGACAUCAUGGAGCGAGGCGGACUUUGAGGAUAAGUGCACGUACAUAGUGAAGGACCAGCCUUUGGAUGAAGAGUCCCCGAAGAGCAGCAAGACGCGAGCGGCGCGAUCCCUGCCCAGGAACUUGGCCCUGAAACGCCGCCUGGACUCAGCACAGGUGCUUGGUGUGACGAGCAAGGAGUUGAUUCCAAAAGGAACCCGCUUUGGACCUCUGAUUGGGGCAAUGUACACCAACGAAACACUGCUGAAAGACGCCAAUAGAAAGUAUUUCUGGAGGGUCUUCUGCGAGGGCACUUUACACCACAUCCUGGAUGGUUUGAAUGAGGAGCAGAGCAACUGGAUGCGAUACGUGAACCCAGCCUGCAACACAGAGGAGCAGAACCUGGUGGCGUGCCAGAGUGGUCUGGACAUCUACUUCUACACUAUUAGGCCCCUUCAGGCUGGCCAGGAGCUGCUGGUGUGGUACUGCUUGGAAUUAGCCCAACGCUGUAACUACCCUCCCCUUGGACAGCUCGCGAUGGACUGUGCAGAGCAUCGCUUAACUCAGAAGACAACAACAAAACGAGGACACAGUGUGACUGAGAUCCUUCGAGAAGAGCCCAAAUCCCAGUCGAGCCUCCCCCAAAAAAUGGAAGCUUCUUUAUCAGUUUUUCCCAUCGUCUACCCAAUUCAGCCCCAUUCUGAAUCUCUCCAAAGAUAUGCACCCUUGACCCCUCUGCCACCAUGCAGUCCUCCAGCUGCCAAAAGACCAGCUUUAAGUAGCCACGUCCCUUCUGGUUUACACUUCAGCUUUCAGCACAGUACAAGCCAUGUUCUAGGGAAGCCUUAUCAAGAAGCCUCUGUACCGAAUCAGGUUUAUCCUGCUCUGAGACACGCUUCCUACUUACUGCCUCAGUAUUCAACUGACAGCAUUGUACCUCAUCCCUACCUGUCUUAUGUUGAUCGACUAAAACCCUACCUGACACUGUCCACUCAUUUACUGCCUUUGGAUGGCUAUGCACAUCUCCUCCAUCCUCAGGCCAGUGGACACAAUAAUUCCACUCUUGGACUAUCAAAUACCAAAGAAGACCUCAGUGCAUCACCGACUUGUCAGACCAAAAAAAAUAAGAACCAUGUACCCAAAAACUACCUCAAAACUCCUUCCAAGCAUCCUGGAGAUACAGGCCUCCCUUUACCAUGUUAUGCUAGCACCACGUCUAUGGUCACCUCCCUUUGCAGAGCACAACCCUCGGUUUCUCCCGGGGGAUGCUCCCCUCCGUUGGGUACAGCAGCCUCCAUGGACCAAGACCCUUCAAAACCCACCGCUGCCAUGCAAAGUAUCACAGAAGACACAAUGAACCUCAGGAACACCAAACACGCAGAGCAUGUUAUCGGCUACAAGACCUUGUCGUAUCCACUCACCAGGCAGAAUGGAAAGAUCCGGUACGAGUGUAAUGUCUGCAGGAAGGUCUUUGGGCAACUGUCAAACCUUAAGGUUCACCUGCGAGUGCACAGUGGAGAGCGUCCUUUCAGGUGUCAAACCUGCAACAAGAAUUUCACCCAGUUGGCACACCUGCAGAAACACCAUCUGGUGCACACUGGAGAGAAGCCCUAUGAGUGCAAGGUAUGCCACAAGCGCUUCAGCAGCACCAGUAACCUGAAGACACACCAAAGAUUACACUCCGGUGAGAGGCCAUACCAGUGCAAGCUAUGUUCAGCCCGCUUCACUCAAUUUAUCCACCUGAAGCUCCACAAACGCCUUCACACUGGAGAACGUCCACACCGGUGUCCCUGCUGCCCAUGUGCUUAUUUCCACCGGUGCAGCCUUCAAGUGCACCUCCAGGGCUUCUGCGCUCUGUCCGCCUCCGCCUCUCAGGGGCCCUCCCCAGAGGAGCUCCACAGAGUCAACUCAGAGAUCGAGAGGUUUGACGUGAGCGAAGCGGCAGAGCAACUGGAGGCGAUAACGGCAGAGGCGAAGCUGAACAAGGAGGACGUGCUUGAUCUCAUACAAAGGAUAGACAGUCGCAUCUCCGGCCAACAGGAUAGUGCUUUUAAUCCCUUUGAAUCGGCCAAGAAGGGUUUGCUUCUUCUACCUCCUCUACCUCUGCAUCCAAGCAGCAUCAAACUGGAGUCAGGCUGCAUGUCAGAGCCCAAAGACGGCCUUGCUAAUCCAGCCGUAUAAUCCUUACAGGUCAACUCAGCAGCUGCCUGGCACUGUCCUAUUUGAGAUAAAGCCUCAUCUCUAAAUGACUGUUGCAUCUGAAGAACCAAGUGUUGGCCUCAGAGCGGUGACACUUGCUGAUUUUAAUGUAUAAAAUGUUGCUAAUUUAUUACAUCGCUCAUCUAUAUAAACAGGGUUUGUGACAUCAGAGAUCGCUGUCAUGUCUUGCAAAUGUCAGCAAAACAUGUUUUUCAAACAAUUUCAGUAUGAGAC